UGUCUCACUCUCUAUUACCCACACCCAUUUCCGGCCUCCAACGUUUCUCCAACAAAUUAAUGAGCAGUUCCAACGCCGCCGUCGACGCCAGUAUGGACGAAGAGGCUGCCUGCCUCUACGCAAUGCAGCUUGUCAGCUUCUCCGUGCUCCCGAUGACCCUCAAAGCCGCCAUCGAACUCAAUCUCCUUGAAACCAUCGUCCUCGCCGGCCCCGAUGCUCAACUCUCCCCCGCAGAACUCGCCUCUCGCCUCCCCUUCAUCUCAAACUCCCAAGCCCCCGCCAUGCUGGACCGUAUCCUCCGCCUCCUCGCCAGCUACUCCAUUCUCACCUGCUCUCUCUCCCCAUCCGGCGAGCGCCGCUACGGCGCCGCACCGGUUUGUAAGUUCCUCACGCCUAAUGCUGAUGGCGUUUCUAUGGCUGCGCUCGCUCUAAUGAAUCAGGAUAAGAUGUUGAUGGAGAGCUGGUAUCACCUCAAGGAUGCGGUGAUUGAAGGCGGCAUUCCGUUUAAAAAGGCGCAUGGGAUGACAGCGUUUGAGUACCUCAGAACGGAUCCAAGGUUAAAUAAGGUGUUUAAUGAUGGGAUGUCAGGCCAUUCGUCCAUCUUUACAAAUAAAUUGUUGGAGAUUUAUGAGGGUUUUGAUGGGUUGGCUUCAUUGGUGGAUGUGGGAGGCGGAGUGGGGGCGACGUUGGGAAAGAUUACGGCCAAGUAUGCUGGGAUUCGAGGAAUUAAUUUUGAUCUCCCACAUGUUAUCUCUGAGGCCCCUCGUCUUCCUGGAGUGGAGCAUGUGGGUGGAGAUAUGUUCAAGAGUGUUCCAACUGCUGAUGCCAUUUUCAUGAAGUGGAUUCUUCAUGAUUGGAGUGACGAAUAUUGCCUGAAAUUGUUGAAGAAUUGCUGGAAGGCACUGCCGGAAAAUGGGAAAGUGAUUCUGGCUGAGUGGAUCCUUCCGGUGGAGCUCGAACAAAUUGUAGCAGCCAAAGGUAUCAUUAAUGUUGAUCUCCUCAUGCUGGUCAACCCCGGAGGAAAAGAGAGGACGGAGAAUGAGUUUAAAUCAUUGGCAAAGGAGGCUGGUUUCUCUGAUUUCAAAGCCAUCUACAUAUUUUCGGGCUGUUGGGUUAUGGAAAUCAUCAAGUAGAUUGAUAUGAGAGUUAUAUGCAUAUAUAUUGACUUAUUUUAUCUUGGUUUUGACUAUGCAUUCAUCACUCUUUUUUUUUUUCUCUAAAAAUUUGAUUUUUGCUCAUUGCUAAACUCA